AUGUUUUUAGCUCAAAAGGCAAAAAUUAAUUGGGUUAAAAAUAGUGAUGAGAAUACUGCCAUAUUCCAUGCAUCUUUGAAAGUCCGGAGAGCUCAAAAUAGAAUUAAUUCUAUCCGGAAUGAGAGUGGCAUUUGGAUUGACAAACCAGAGGAAAUCCAACAAGCUUUUUUGAGCUAUUAUCAGAACUUGUUAGGGACCUCAAUGAGCAACAGAAGUAAGGUCUUUCAAUCAGUAGUGGCUGCUGGACUUUUACUUUCAGAGGAGCAUAUUCAAGUUCUACAGCAACCUUUCACUAUCCAAGAAGUUAAAGAUGCCAUAUUUGCCAUUCCAGGUAUGAAGGCUCCUGGCCCGGAUGGGUUUGGGAGUUAUUUUUAUCAUGAUAAUUGGGAUUUGGUGGGAGAAGGGGUUGGAACUGCUGUGAUUAAUUUCCUAAACACAGGGAAGAUACUUAAAGAGAUCAAUACAACAACCAUUACCCUCAUCCCUAAAGUCAAGUGUCCAGAUAGUGUCAAAGACUUCAGGCCAAUUUCUUGUUGUAAUGUGAUAUAUAAGGCUGCUACUAAAGUCAUUUGCUCGAGAUUAAGGCAAAUCCUCCCUGAGAUAAUAGCAGAGAACCAAGGUGGGUUCGUUCAUGGGCGAUAUAUAGCUCAUAAUACUAUGGUAUGUCAAGACAUUGUCAGGCAUUACGGAAGGAAGAAUUGUAAACCGAGUUGCAUGAUCAAAAUUGAUUUGAGGAAAGCAUACGACACCAUCGAAUGGGGAUUCAUUGAAGAAAUGCUCAUUGCUUUUCACUUUCCUUGGAAGUUCAAUGAUCUCAUUAUGGGCCUGAAACUCUUCUCUUCGACUUCUGGUUUGCUGCCAAAUGAAGAAAAAAUGGUUGUUUAUUGCAGUGGUAUGCAGGAGGCUGAGGUUACCCGAGUGCUCGAAAUGUCAGGAUAUACAAGAGCUCAUCUUCCUUUCAGGUAUCUUGGCAUCCCAGUUUGUUCAAAAAAAAUAUCAGCUGCUGAAUGUAAUGGAAUUCUUGAGAAAAUGGUUGCUCAGAUCAAAGUUUGGAGCUCGAGGAAUUUGUCAUAUAUGGGAAGAGUUACAUUAAUCAAUUUUGUUUUGAUUACCAUUCACUCUUAUUGGACCCAAAUAAUGAUUCUUCCAAAAAAGUUGUUAAAGGGUGUAGAAGCUAUUUGUCGGGCUUUUCUUUGGAAGGGUUUGGCAGACAUUAAUGGUCCGGGUUUAGUGGCUUGGCAACAUGUUUGUUUUCCAAAGAAAGCAGGGGGUUUGGGCUUUAGGAAGGUCCUCGAUUGGAAUAUGGCUGCAAUGGGGAAAUACGUUUGGGCAAUUGCCACCAAAAAAGAUAACUUGUUCGUAAAAUGGAUUAACAAUGUUUACUUGAUGGACAGGAAUUGGUGGGAGUACCAGCCACCAACUGAUUGUAGCUGGUAUUGGAAGAGAUUAGUUGUUGUCAAAGAAGCUUUCAAAGCCAAGGCAGAUCUGUCAUAUUUUGCAGCAUUGAGGUAUAGCAUUAAAAUUGGUCAUGAUUUACUAUUUGAUCAACCACUUGCAGUAGGUUGGAGCAAAGUGGUUUGGGAUAGACUGAGCAUUCUGAAGCAUAGAAUUGUGCUUUGGCUGGUAAUGUUGCAGAGACUUCGAACUAGAGAUCAGAUUCAAAAGUUUGAGCCUCUAGUGGAUCAAACAUGUCUGUUAUGUGGAGCUGAUAAUGAGACCAUAGGCCAUCUAUUUUUUCACUGUCAUUAUAGUAGUGCUUGUUUGCAGAAAAUUAAGCACUGGAUGGGUUGGAAAUCAGCUUCAUUGGAUCUGUUGCAAUUAAUUCGGUGGAUCAAUAAAGCAAAGAAGAUGAGUGCUAUUCGGAAGAACAUCAUGUAUGCUACUCUUGCAGCUCUAGUCUACCACAUUUGGAGAGUCCGGAAUGAUGUGUAUUGGAAUAAAAAAUUCUGGCAUAUUACUAAUACUGUACAGAAAGUGGAAAGGGAAAUACAAGUUAGGAUUACUCUCGUAAUGCCAAAAAAGGCUCAAACCAUAGAUAGAGAUUGGUUCACUAAGAUCUGUAAACAAUAG